GAGAUGCAGAGAUAAGCGCAGCAGGGUUCGGGCACAAUAGUCUAUUCCAUCGUUUCUAACAGAACGCGAACGCACAGGAGUUGUAGGAAAGCGGCUACUUUUCGAUAUAAGUGUUGCCUUCGAUGUGCUGUGGAAUUCGUCCUUCGUGCAGCUAAAGGGACUCAGUACGCUCACCUUUCUCGGUUGCCAUGGCAGCCAAGGCAUCCAAAGGGAAGUGGGGGGCCCUAAAGGAGCACCUGACCAGCAGCCCCCCAGACCCAGAUGCUCACCUGGAGGCCAACUUGGAGAAUGCAGAUCCAGAGCUAUGCAUACGACUGCUACAGGUACCCACUGUGGUCAACUACUCAGGGCUGCGGAGGCGUCUGGAGGGGAGUGACCAGGACUGGAUGGUGCAGUUCCUGGAGCUCAAUGGGCUGGAUCUGCUGAUGGAGGCCCUGGAGAGGCUGUCUGGCCGUGGGUGUGCCCGCAUCGCUGACGCCCUCCUCCAGCUCACCUGUGUGGCCUGUGUGAAGGCAGUGAUGAACUCCUCCGCUGGGCUGCACUUUAUUCUGGACAAUGAGGGAUACGUCAGGACCCUGUCGCAAGCACUGGACACGUCCAACACCAUGGUGAAGAUGCAGGUGUUUGAGCUGCUGGCAGCCCUCAGCAUGUUCAACCCACAGGGACACCACCUGGCCAUGGACGCCUUGGAUCACUAUAAAAGUGUGAAGAUGCACCAGUACCGCUUCAGCGUCAUCAUGAACGAGCUGCAUGCGACAGACAACGUGCCGUAUAUGGUCAUCCUCAUGAGUGUGGUCAAUGUGAUCAUCUUCGGGGUAGAGGACCUGAGGAAGAGGGACAAACUACGCAAAGAGUUCAUCGGGCUACAAUUACUGGAUUUACUUCCAAAACUGAGGGAGACGGAUGAUGUGGACCUGAACAUCCAGUGUGAGGACUUUGCGUACACCAUGGCAGAGGAUGAGGAGGAGAUGGAGAGGGUGUACGGAGGUAUUGACAUGAGCAGUCACCAGGAAGUCUUCACCACACUCUUCACCAAAGUGAGUAGCUACCCUGCCUCGGUGCAGCUGCUGUCCAUCCUGCAGGCUCUGUUGUUGUUGGGGCCGGAGCGCAGCGAGGUGUGGCUGGCCCUGGAGGCCCUGGCUGACCGCGCUACUCUGCUUGCACAGGACCGCAUGGCAGCUUUCGGCACACCCCCACCGCUUCUUGGCUUCUCUGGGAUGCCGCCCCCUCCACCUCCCCCUCCUCUCCCCGGUCUCCCUCCUCCCCCACCUCCACCUCCUCUACCAGGGAUGGGGAAUGGGGGUCCACCACCUCCCCCACCCCUGCCUGGGAUGGGUCCCCCACCACCACCACCCCUACCUGGCAUCAUGGGUCCUCCACCACCACCACCCCUGCCUGGGAUGGGUCCCCCACCACCACCACCCCUACCUGGUAUGGGUCCCCCACCUCCCCCUGGUGGCGGUGACAUGAUUAUGGCCCAGAGCGUGCAGAUGCUGGGCCGAUCCUCCUAUGCCCGUCCACCCAAGGCGGGCCGCUGCCCCACACUACGCAUGAAGAAGCUCAACUGGCAGAAGCUGCCGUCCAGAGUGGUGACUGACAGUUACUCCAUGUGGACAUCGGUACAGUCAGAUUCUCUGGAGCCUGACUACUCCAGUAUUGAGGAGCUCUUCUGUCUGCCAGUGACUGAGUCAAAGGCCAAAGGCAGUGCCCCUGCAGUCAAACAGGAGCCCAAAGAGAUUUCUUUCAUCGAUGCCAAGAAAAAUCUUAACCUGAACAUAUUCUUAAAACAAUUCAGAUGUUCACAUGAGGACUUUGUGGCCAUGAUCCAAAAAGGGGACCGCUCCAAGUUUGAUGUGGAGGUGCUGAAACAGCUGCAGAAGCUACAGCCAGAGAAGCACGAGAUUGAGAACCUCAAGUCCUACCAGGGAGAGAGGGAGAAGCUAGCUGGUGUGGACCAGUUUUAUCUCCAGCUCCUAGCUGUUCCAUGCUACGCCCUGAGGAUCGAGUGCAUGUUGCUGUGUGAGGAGAUCAGCUCAGUGUUACAGAUGAUGCAGCCUAAAGCUGAGCUGCUGGACGAGGCCUGUGAGAGUCUGAGGGUGAGCACUCGACUGCCAAGCUUCUGCAAGCUCAUUCUGGACGUUGGAAACUUCCUUAACCACGGGAGCCACACGGGGAAUGCUCAGGGCUUCAAGAUCGGAACCCUGCUGAAGCUCACUGAGACCAAGGCCAAUAAAAGUCGCAUUACACUGCUCCACCACAUCCUACAGGAGGCUGAGCAGAACCAUGAUGACCUGUUGAACCUUCCAGAUGAUCUAGAGAUCUGUGAAAUGGCUGCUGGUGUGAAUCUGGAGUCUAUCCAGACAGAGGCGAGCUCGCUCAUCAAGCGGUUGAAAGAUUCAGAGAAGAAGGUGGCUUCCUCUUCUGUGGAGGACAUCAAGGAGCAGUAUCUAACUGCCAUGCAGGGAAGCCUGGAGGCCUGCAGGGUGCUGGAGGAGAGGUUUGUCUCCAUUGACAGGAAGAAGGAGGAUCUGGCACAGUAUCUGUGUGAGGACUCAUCCCAUCUCUCUCUGCAGGAGCUGUUCAGCACUAUAAAGACCUUCAGGGGACUCUUCAUCAAAGCUCUCAAGGAUAAUCAGACCCGCCGAGAGCAAGCCAUCAAGGCAGAGAAGAGGAAGAAACAGCAGGAGGAGGAGGAUUCCAAGCGACCGAGAGGGGAUAACGGGAAGAUAAUUCGUAAAGCACCCCCAGUCCAGGAGGAGGGCUGCAUCAUCGACCACCUGCUGUCUGACAUCAGGAAGGGCUAUGCACUGAGGAAGACCAGGCCCCGGGCCGACAGGACCAGCCUGCCCUCUGCGGACAAGAAAAGAGACAGCAGUCUGCCUGAGCAGGGCACCAAGCCUGAGGGAUUGUCUGUCAUAGAUGCUAAAGAUAGAGAUGUAAAGGUGACAUCACCGAAUGACCAAAGACAACAAGACAGAGAUUCAGUCGUAGGGGAGUCCUCAUCCGGCCUCCCCACACACCCCUCACUCAAAUCGAGUUCACCCGAAACCUUAGGACCCUCAGACCUCCAUACUACCACCGCCAAGGACCAGGGAACCUGUGAUCACACCCAGAGUGAGGACCUCAACCCUGGGAUGGAUUCAUUGGCUGACCGCCUGGUUGAGGAGGAGUCCCCAGAGGUGGAGGGGGUUAAGGCUGCUGAAUCAGAGGUUGAGGAUGUGAACAGGAAUGCAUUCUCAGCUGGUGGGGAUGGUCCAAAGAGCGGAGACACAGAGACAGAUGGGAACCAGGAGAGUGGGGCUGAUGGAAUGGGGUUAGAGGAGAGUCAAUCAUCAGAGUCCCCCUCAACCACAGCUGCUGGUGACGCAGAGCCCAAACAACAGGCACAGAAACGGGGGGAUACUAAGAGCCAUAGCAAAGACAUGAGCUAUGGAAAAGGUCACGCUAAACCUAAAAAGGGUUGUGCGUUACAUUGAGGUGGACGCAAGAAGAAGGACAAGGCCAAAGGCAAAAAGAAAGAAUGAACAUUGACGCCAUCUUCCAGUGCUCCAGCCCUGUCUGCUAAACAAAUACUAUGGCAUACAUUAACAUUAUACUGUACUUACAAAUAUGUAUAUCAGCCAUGCAUGUUUGUCCCACUUUUUUUAAAGGAUUACCUAGCGAACCUAGGGAAUGUUUGUUUUUCAAAAUGGAGACUUCCUUAUCUUUGUAUUAUUUACUACAUCAAUAACAGGACAUGUGGCAAUGAUAUGACUAACUGCUUGACAACUAACCCCAGGAAGGAUGGAUGAUGAUGGGUUCAUUUGCAUGUUACAAUUUCAUCAUGGACAUUCAAUGUAUUGGACACAAUUUCAUUGAAAUAUGAUACAUUAUUUGAAGAAAAUCAACAUGUCUAUGUAUAGAAUGUUUCAAUUUGAUACUGAGACAAAUGUUUACAGUAGUUCUACAUGUUAUGUUUACUUGUUGAUACAGACCCUCGUUUCAUUUGGCAAAUAGAGGGCCUCUUUAGCGUACAGCCAAGCAAAGUAGUAAUGACUGUAAAAAAAUAUGGGUUCAUGAUCAAUUAGCCAUUAAAUAUUGACAAGGUAACAGCAUAGAUAGACCAUAAUAAUAAAAACCUGUUUUUCCAGACACAACAAGGUGUAAUGUGCUCUAGUCUCUUUUGUAACAGUAUCAGUUAUUGUUUCUUAUUGCACUCUUUGUUGCAUUAACACUGUCAUUGAAAAAAAGCUAUGAUAAUCAGGGAUUUA